UACAUCGUGACAUAGGCUGCAACAUCGUGCCAGAGGUUGCUACAUCGUGACAGUGGCUGCUACAUUGUGAUAGGGGUUGCAACAUCGUGACAUAGGAUGCAAUAUCGUGACAGAGGCUGCUACAACGUGACCUAGACUGCAACAUCGUAACAGCAGUUAAUAUAUCGUGACUGACGCCAUCACCAUGAGUGUUAUUCUCGUUGUAACCAGCGUCUGUGUUGCCGUCACCAUGGCAGCCCAGCUGUCUCUCACCCCAGCGCCCUCUAACGGGUCAUCAGCUGCUGAUCUCGGCCUGUGUUCACCUCGGGAUAGAGCGUCCGAGCGGCUGUUCCUCAUGAGCAAUGAUGUAAAGAUCCCGCCCGCCCACGCCUCGCUCAACCUCAGCAGUGUUCACCUGAAGGUGGCGCUGUGGUCGUGUAAUCGCAACAAAGAUGGUAAGAUCAACGAGCAGUUCACUCUGACGUCACGCAUUCUCACGGAGCUGUCUACGUUUAUGCACUUUACCUACACGGUGACGGCACGCUGCUACAGCUUUAACGGCAUAGUCGCCGGGAUGGCUGCGGGAGAGAUAGACGUCGCAGCGUGUCUGCGAAUCACGGAGUACCGGCAGAGAUUCGUCAGCUUUCUGCAUCCACUCGCCGAGUCCCGUUACAGCUUCUUGGUCCGCCUGGAGAAAGUGAAAGACUUGUCACCACUUACUAUACUCGCCCCGUUCCACAGCAGCACGUGGAUUAGUUUAUUAGGCUAUGUGUUGGCUAGUGUCACCACGCUAACUUUCUUAGAGAUGUACAGAAGGAAGAGAGAGGGAACGGAACACAGAGCCUGGCUGCAGUCGUUCGACAGGUACGUGAUGUUCAAGAUAGGAUCCGUGCUGCAGCAGGGCGGAACGUAUAAUGCUGUCGACAUGCCGUCACGGAUGCUGGUCGGAUGGUGGUGGCUGUUUGCUCUGGUCAUCACAGCGACCUACUCUGCCACGCUGGUCACCCAUCAUUCGAUACAAACCAUUAACCCUUACCCGUUCACUUCACUGCAAGAGGCCGCCACCAGUCCACUGACACCACUUGUCUAUCGCAACAAUUCAGAAGCGCAACUGCUCUCCACUAGUGACCCCGAAUCUGACCUUGGCCGCCUGUGUCGCCGCGUAGUGGACAACGGAGGAUUCGUCGAUUCAAAAGAGGAGGCGUACGAGCGCGUGUUGUCCGGUCGUUACAGCUUCAUAAAUGACGAGGCCCUCUCCAUCCAGUUCUUCGCCACUGACUACAUGCAGCACGGCUACUGUCGCUAUACCCUGGUGCCCCAUGUCAACUUCUACCCUGGAUACCGCGGCCUCGCCGUGCCCAAGCACUUUCCUUACAGGGAGCAGCUUAACUACGGCAUUCUGACGUUGCACGAGCGAGGAUUCAUCAAGGAAUGGAGCAGGAACGCGUUGCCAGAGGGCGCUGACCAAUGUCUUGUGUUUCCACCGCCGGUAGUUGGCGCUAAGUCGUUCUCGUUCAAAGACAUGCACAGCCUGCUGUUGCUUCUCGCUGUGGGGCUAGGUGGCGCCACCGUCUGCCUCUUGCUCGAGCUAGCCGUCGAACGCGCAAGACUGCACGACGCUAUCGCGGACACAGGGGGCGCCACUGACACAGAGAAUAUGCUCGAUAUAGGGGGUGCUGUUGCGUUGCCACGAGCAGUAAGAGAAGACUCCGGCAGCGCCCCCUACUUGGCUGUAGUCGUCCACCGCUGA